CGCGCUCUCCCCGCAGAGCGAGUCCGGACGAGAGAGAGAGAGCAAGAGAGAGAGAGCGCAAGAGAGAGAGGAGGAGGAGUGUUGACGUUUGUCUAGUGCCCUGAUAUAGACUGCUUUAGCUCGGCCGUCGUGAGCGGCGGCUGAUUUGGGCGUUAUUGUUUGUCGUCGUCGUCGACGUAUUUUCUGCUGUGUUGUGCGUACGCGCGUGUUUCUAUUUUAAUUAUUUUAUUGUAAGCACAUCGGAGCUUAAUUAUUUCAUUCCUCUUACUACCACCCCCCCACCCUAACCCACACCCCCGAUCCCAUCACCCUCUUUACUAACCUCGACUCAUCCCCACCACCCCAUCACUAACCACCCUUUUCUUCUUCUGCGUAAUUCUGUAAUCGGAAGUCGAUACGUCCUAUAGUGUUUGGUAGCAGCAGUAGUAGUAGCGGUGGCAGCACACGCAUGUGAGUGCGUGCUGUCAGUAGUGUGUGUGGGGUGUGGGGGGGGAGCGACGGGUUGGGGUGGGGGAGGGUGAAGAGACAUUUGGUGUUGUCCGUCGUGCCGGGAUCACUGCGCUCCAACGCGACGGACGGCGGUGGAGCGACGAGGAAGAGGGGGGCGAGAGAACGAGAGAGAAGAGCCUAAGGAGGUGGGGCAAGUGCGGUGGGCACUCAUCAUCAUCAUCCUCAUCAUCAUCCAGCGCAACAUCGACGAAGCCGCAAACCCGCGGUGCCGCCCGGCCGCCCGGACGAUGCUGGCGGCCUGAGAGCGGAGCAAGCGGAGCGGGCCUUGCGGACGGACCUUGUGCGAACACAAACGAAAAAAAAUCGCUCUUCCUCCUACAGACGAACAAGUAAGAGGCCACGGCGAGCGAGGAAGUCGCAGGGAGAGACAACGACGACGACGAGGAGGAGGAGAAGGGAAGGAAGGUGCGGGGCUGGAGCACAUCGGACUGAGCCGCAGGAUUUGAUGCGAGCGCCUCUCGUUGACAGCGCAGAGCCGCUUCCACUCCCGUUUCGCUUUUCUUCUUCCGUCCAUUCGCCUUUGUGAGACGACACGGCGGGGGUUUUACCCGCACGCCGAGUGGAAUACGACCAGCGACUGUCGUGGGAAACAGCAGCAGCAGCCUCUUCGGCCUCGUCAUCCGAACCCGGAGAGAGACACAGAGAAGAGGAAGACGAGGGGGACGCGUGGAAGAGGUGGACAUCAGGAGGCUGAGAAAACACGACACGAGCCGUAACUUUGACCACGGACAGAUCCAAAGAUGUACCCCCAAGGCAGACACCCGGAGUUUCUUGUUGAGACGCUCAACGCGUGUGGUUGUGGCUGCCCGCGACUCCAGGCUCCUCACCAGCCCGGACAGCCCUUUAAGUUCACGGUGACCGAAUCGUGCGAUCGCAUCAAGGAGGAGUUCCAGUUUCUACAGGCGCAGUAUCACAGCCUGAAACUGGAAUGCGAGAAGCUGGCGAGCGAGAAGACGGAGAUGCAACGCCACUAUGUCAUGUACUACGAGAUGUCCUAUGGCCUCAACAUCGAGAUGCACAAACAGACUGAGAUCGCAAAGAGACUCAACGCCAUCAUCGCGCAAGUCAUCCCGUUCCUGUCGCAGGAACACCAGCAGCAGGUAGCUCAGGCCGUGGAACGGGCCAAGCAGGUGACGAUGGCGGAGCUGAACGCUAUCAUCGGGGUACGUGGGCUGCAGACCCUGCCAUUUGCCCACCAGCUGCAGGCGCAGCACCUGUCCCACGCGCACGCUCCUCCGGUGCCGCUUCCCCCGCACGCUGCCGGCCUGCCCGGCGCCGGGCUGCCCCCGAUGCCGGGCAGUAGUGCGGCUAACGCGGCGGGGCUGCUGGCUCUGUCCAGCGCGCUCGGGAGCCAGGCGGCCGCCGCCGCCGCCGCCGCCCACCUGCAAGCACUCAAGGACGACAAGAACCACGAGGUCGACCACAGAGAGAGAGAACGCAGCUCGACGAACUCCAUCUCGCCGUCAGACAGCCUGCGCGCCACAGAGAAACACCGCAGCUCCUCUGAGUACCUGAGCGACUCCAAGAAGAGGAAGGCUGACGACAAGGACUCUCUCAGCCGAUACGACAGCGAUGGUGACAAGAGCGAUGACAACCUGGUGGUGGACGUUUCCAACGAGGACCCAUCGUCCCCGAGGGGCAGCCCGUCGCACUCGCCUCGCGAGAACGGCCUCGACAAGCAGAGGCUGCCCAAGCGCGAUGUGGCCCCUAACAGCCCGGCGUCCGUGGGCUCCUCUCGCAGCACUCCCUCCUCCUCCAAGACCAAAGACAUGGGCCACAACGAUAAAUCAAACACGCCCAUGUCCAAGUCGAACACGCCGACUCCGCGCAGUGACGCGCCUACGCCCGGCACCAGCGGAACGCCCGGCCUGCGCCCCGUCCUGGGCAAACCCCCGGGCAUGGACUCCCUCGGUGGUGGUGGUGGUUGUACGUGGGCAGGCCCUGCCCUGAGGUCCCCGUUCGCCGGUCCCUACCCGGGCCCCUUUGGAAUGAUCCCGCACGCGGGUAUGAAUGGCAGCGAGCUGGGUAGCCCCGCGGGGGCCUACGCCAGCCUGCACUUGGCAUCGCCGCAGAUGAGCGCCGUGGCAGCUGCUGCCGCCGCCGCUUACGGACGUAACCCCAUGGUCGGCUUCGAUCCCCACUCCCACAUGCGGGGUCCCGGGAUCCCCUCGGGCCUGGCCUCUAUCCCCGGCGGAAAACCGGCGUACUCGUUCCACGUGAGCGCUGACGGGCAGAUGCAGCCCGUGCCAUUCCCGCCCGACGCGCUCAUCGGCCCGGGGAUCCCGCGUCACGCGCGGCAGAUCAGCACGCUGGGCCACGGCGAGGUGGUGUGCGCCGUCACCAUCAGCAACCCGACGCGCCACGUCUACACGGGGGGCAAGGGGUGCGUCAAGGUGUGGGACAUCCGUGACCCAGCCGGCAAGAGCCCCGUCUCGCAGCUUGACUGCCUGAACCGGGACAACUACAUCCGCUCAUGCAAGCUGCUGCCGGACGGGCGCACGCUGAUCGUGGGCGGCGAGGCGAGCACACUGUCCAUCUGGGAUUUGGCGGCACCGACGCCGCGCAUCAAGGCGGAGCUGACGUCGUCGGCGCCCGCGUGCUACGCGCUCGCUAUCAGUCCUGACUCCAAGGUGUGCUUCUCCUGCUGCAGCGACGGCAACAUCGCCGUGUGGGACCUGCACAACCAGACGCUCGUCAGGCAGUUCCAGGGCCACACGGACGGUGCCAGCUGCAUCGACAUCUCGCACGACGGCAUGAAGCUGUGGACGGGCGGCCUAGACAACACGGUGCGUUCCUGGGACCUGCGCGAGGGACGGCAGCUACAGCAGCACGACUUCACCUCACAGAUCUUCUCGCUGGGCUACUGCCCGACGGGCGAGUGGCUCGCCGUGGGCAUGGAGAGCAGCAACGUGGAGGUGCUGCACUGCAUGAAACCGGACAAGUAUCAGCUGCACCUGCAUGAGAGCUGCGUGCUCUCACUCAAGUUCGCCCACUGCGGCAAGUGGUUCGUCAGCACGGGCAAGGACAACCUACUCAAUGCCUGGAGGACACCGUAUGGGGCCAGCAUCUUUCAGUCGAAAGAAUCGUCGUCAGUGCUCAGCUGUGACAUCUCCGGCGAUGACAAGUACAUCGUCACUGGCUCCGGGGACAAGAAGGCCACUGUCUACGAGGUGAUCUACUGAAGCGGGUCUGCCAUUCUUCUCCAGCUGGACUUGAGCUGUGGGGCCUGGGGUGGUUGCAAGGCGAUGAACUUUGACCUGUCAUGGACUGCGUGGGUCACGACGGCCUCCGAGCGCCGGGCUCGUUGCGGCGUUACAGACUCGUUCACGAGAGCAGAGACCCGAUCUCGCUUGGGACGCGUGGCCGCACACGCACAGUGCCGGAGAGCUGUAAAUAGCAAUGCCAAUGAGUUUGAGACGUCUGUGUCCCCUGAAAAUUUGUUUAUUUCAAAAAACACGUAGAGCCUAGAAAUCCUACCUUGAGCAGCUGAGCUGAAACAUAAUGAAAAUCAUCAAAAUGAAAAUAAAGUUUUUAAUUUGAUAAGAAUUAAUUGACAAAAAAAAAACAUGCACGGAAUUAAAUAUUGGCAAGCAAUGGAAAUCAAAAUCCUGCUGGGACGGGCAUUUUUUUCCACGAUGACCCUGGGAACGAGAAUGUGGCUGAUCUCCCACAGUUCACUGUGAACUUCUCCGACAACGAUGAAGUUGAUGAUUAUGACGCCAGCGACUGACGAUGAUGACUGCACAUCUACUGUAUACGGCACUGCCGACGUUGAGAGAACACAGCUCAGCCGAUUCAGCUGAGCACUUGUUUCUAAGCUGCAUAAAGAAAAAAAGAAUUUCAGCAAGAGAUAUCAAGAGGAAUGGCCAACAAAUCGUACAUUAUAAUCAGCAGCGGCAGCAGCAGAAGGAGGAGGGGGCGACGGCAGAUGGACGUGGGACCGAAGGUGUUAGCUGUGUGGCGCGAGGGGUGCGACUCCACGGGAAUUCAUUUGCGUUCGAGAGGCGGUCGCUGAUGCCUAAACUCAGGGAGCUUUGCGGUUAAUCAGAUCACUUUUCAAGUCGUCUGUGCAUGACGGUGGUGGGCAGGGGGGGGGGGGGUUACCGGUUGUGCACCGCAAAUCGGUCUUUUCCCCAAGACACGGGAGUCUUUGUUUGGCUGAAUUUCGCUUGACGCCUUUUGGCAACAAACCAAGAACUCUGCUCUCACUCGCAUUCACUGCCGGGGGUUUCUUGUCAUAAUUUAUAGGAGACAGCAUAAAAUAAUUUUACGUAAAAGAGAAUUUCAUUUUUUUGUACUGAACAAAAUGAGUGGACCUAAAUACGAUGAUAUUAAUAACAUACCGUAGCAUUUUGAUCAAAAGUAACUCUCGCAAACUAACAUUUUGCUUCAUUACACAAAGCUGUAAAAUAACGUGUAGACGUGCAAGAUAACUGUUCUCAGCUUAGCAUUGUAGACUUCUGGUCUUGUAAUAGCGGUCACUAUAACAUUAAUUGUAAAAAUAAUAAUAAAAAAAGACAAGAAAAAAAGAGAUGAAAACUUACUAAAGCUGACACUUUUUUUCUCUCUCUGGUUUUUUUUGUUUAAACAUCUAAGGCUACGAUGUUGAUGUUAGAGGGGUGCGGCGCGCGGCACUCUAGAUAACGCACGGGAGCCACGUUCGCCCGGCGUCUUGCGAGCGCGUGGGGGAGUGAACGAGGCCCCUUGAGGUCACCAGGCUGAGGUCACCGGGCCGAGGCCACCGGGCCAAGGCCACCGAGCUGUCACGAUACCGUCUACUGCCACGAUACCGUCAGACCCUGAUCCUGUUGCGUUUGUGUGCAGCCAUCGGCCCCGCGGGUGACGACGGGCGGAGCUGCAAUAUUUCUGAGCGAUAACUGCCCUCAAGGAGGAGGCUCUGCUGAAUGAGAUUACGGAUUAAGAUUAUCGGCCGCUCGGACGAGAGGCGGCCUUGUGUGCCAGUGGGGUCAGGUGGUGUGCGAUGGAAUGCAAUGAGAGAUUUGAGAGAUGUUAGAGCAGCCAUGUGCUUGGGCCAUGAACAUUUUUGCUGCAGAAAGGGAUUAGUUUAUAUAUAUUUAAUUUUCUUCUAAUUUUCUCUUCUUCCCCAAAAAACACAUUCUGCACAAUGAUCAGUUUGAAAUUUUGGUUUUCUUUCAAUGGCUUGAGACGCAUGGUUUGAGAGACUUAAAAACACAGUAGCUUUUAUUUGGCCAGUGGUUCUCGGUGAUAUGGGACCGCGUUUUGAUAAUUUUAACAUUUGUGAGAUUUCUGCUGGCAGAUGGGGGGCAUACGUUUUAUUUUCUGCGGCUGUACCUCACCGGAUAUACGGAUGUUAUCAAAAAGUGUCUGCUAGGGAGGGUGAUAAAAUGGCACAGAAUGCCAGGGCAUUAUUACUGCCUGCAAAGUGAAGUAGGUCUGCUUUCCUGAACCAGAUAUAUCCAUAUUAUAUUGAGAAAUAUCUUAGCUCCCAUGGUGAAUUAUUUCUACCACAUUUGUGGUUGUUAAAUAAAUAAAUUCAUGCCCGCACAAUUAUGCCCACUGCUCACAUCUAUAUACAAGGCUUAACAAGGACUUGUUUUCAUCUGUUAGGACAACAAUAAAGAUUCCUGUAUAGCCAUAGACUGAUGGGUAAAGUGAUGUUACCGAGCACCUAUUAAGGCUUGGCACAGCACAUGGUGGUGUCGUGUGGCCAGCAUUAUGGCCAUCCGCCUUUGCCUCCCCUUUGCCAUGUUUGCACACACACCAUGUCCUCAUUCAUGGUUGAUUCAACCUAUGGGAGGUCCAGGAACGGUUUAGAUGCGACUGGCCACUGAAAUUAUCCGUGGCUGGGAAUUUAAUCAAGGUCAUCGGGUUCAUGGUGUAGUGCGUGAACCACUGCGUCUUCGCUCCACACGCACGCAUAUAUUUCACACUUGCGCACACACACACAGGAUAAUAAGGUUUUUGCUUUAAAGCAAGAUGAAAAUACAGUUCCUGCACCAUCGGAGACCAUAAUCUGUCAGGAAUGUUAAGUUAAAAAGACGUCACGUACAUCAAGAAGUAUCGUUCUGUUUUUUUGUCUCCAGAUAUUUUUUGGGGUCCCCUCCCCCGCUGUUUUGUGUGCUCGCCGGCACUUUGUAAAAUAUAAACGUCGGUCGCCGAAUAGUGGAACUUAUGACCUGGAUGAGAAAUAGUUUGUGUGUGCACGUGCGUGGGUGCGUGCAUUCACUAUAGGAUCCUCUGUAGUGUACAUGAUGGACGCGAUAUGAAAGCCAUGCAAGCAUGCCCUAAUGCCGAAAUAAAUUAGUUUCAAAACAAUAAAUAUUGUUAUAAUUAAAAAAAGACAACACAAUAACAACUACGAUCAAUACCGCAAGCUUUCAGAGAGGAUGUAUUUGUUCAGGUCUGAAUAUUUUACAGGGCAUUCUGUUUUGUACAAUAUGUUUUAUCACUAAUAUGGGAAGUUGGAACCCUGUUAAUAAAAAAAAUAACAACAAUAAAUCAACACCUGUUAUAAUGGUAAACAUUGUUUUCACUGUGUAUCCAGUAAGGUGGGUUUUUGUUUUUACUCCGAAAGGGCUGUCGGUUGUCAUUCGUGGCAAAAGAAUUAACUCGCGCGGAAACCAGGGCCAGCGCGCAAAGUGCUUGAUAGAAGCAGCUGCACCUCCGCCAUAAGGAGUGCGAGUUCAAAUCCCAACCAGGAUCGAUCGGACCGUGGUCCCUUUGGGGUUCGUCUUGGGGAACAUCACUUGGUCAAUCGGUGAUCGAUGCAACCGUUGUCCAAUGGGUAGUUAAUGUUUCAAGUUUAUUUUUGUUUAACCAUGUGAGAACUCGCGAUAUCAGAAUAGGCUUGUUUGCAAGAGUGACCAGAGGCAUUCGUCUGCGGGUAGGGGGCAAUGCCACAUGCCAGAAUAUUCCAAGUUCAGUCCUCGCUCACGACUUUGUAAAAAAAAAAUCUUAAUUUAACAUUGUAUCUCUGGUGCAAUAAAACAAAUUUAACUGCUGCACAUGCCUGAUGAUUGCUAAACAUAUCCCAUGCGAUGUGUAGACUGCUGAUUCAUUUGAGUGUGCACUCUACCUCACGUGACACACACAGGUCACUCGUAAUUUGAAUCGGCACUGUUUAUCACAUGAGACUUGUUUAACAAGCAUCAGGCACGUGCGGCAUGUAAGUGCUUUAUUUCUAUUACAAAAGGAGCUACAUUAUGAACCUAAGAGAAAUGUUCCACGGCAGCUCGUGAGGAGUGAAGGCACAGGUAACCGCGUCGAUGCCAUAUGAAUGUGGAAUUUCCGUCGCAGGAUUAUGAACGAAGAUGAACGUGGGCCAAAGCUCAUUAGAGCACAGGGGCAAUGCUCCAGUGAUCUUGUGACUAUCCGUGGAGUGGGCAGAUUACCCGGGCUCAUUUGCACCUUUAAUUGCACACCCAGGCGUCAUUAUGAGCCGCUCCUCACCCGUCGGAGGUCCAAGUCUCAGGCCCGUAUUCUUAGUCACGGCUCGGUUCAGGCUUGUCUCUGGCUCAAGUGAGCCGGCUCAAAGUCACGCGCCGCCUCUGAGCACGGUUCCAGCAAUGCUCAAUAAUUCCACGCGCUGAACGUGAGCCGAGCCAUUGCUGAGCCGCUCUGGCAUCUUUGCAAGCCACUGAGCGACGCAAACCUGCGGUGAGCUGUGUUAGAGACCAUGACAGAGCCUAGCCGUGAAUAGAACGUAUGGGCCUCGAUGCGCACACGACUGCAAACACGUCGCAAAGUAAACUGAUACGUUGACAGUCACAACGGGCAGCGUGUUCUCCAUCUCCAUGUCCAUUUUACGAAGCUGAACAAUUAUUUUGUAUAGCCGGAGCCUCAUUUACAUAUCCGAUUUGCAUUAUCUGUUUUGUUUUAUCUGGGCAGUCCCCCCCCCCCCCUUCA